GACAUUUCUGGAGACUGCCUCCAUAUAUCUAACGCAGGACAUAAUGGCUAUAUGCCAGUAGGUAUACGCAUCCUGGAUACUAGCAUGCAGGGGGAGGCCUUAAAACAUAUUUGCUCAAGGACAUUUCUGGAAACUAACACCAAACAUCCAACGCAGGACAUAAUAGCUAUACGCCAGUAG